GACAGUUUGCCAAUUGGGCACCAAGGGCAUCACCAGACCAGGACUUUCGAGGCUCUUGUCCGAAAGUAUAAAAAAAUAAAUAUCCCCAAUGUUUGGCGAUCGGAUAUUUAUCGCAGCUGGUGUUCUGCCACAACAGAAGACGAACGCUUGUUUUACCGUGCACACGUAGUUUCACUUGCCCGGGGUUUAGCAUUUCAGCAGAUCUCAAGUGAGCUACAUACGUAUGGAAAUUGAAACUGCCCAACUCCUUUGAGCAGCUGGCAAAGCAACUCUUGGCCUGAUUCACCGUGGGGGGUGAAAAUGAUGUCCGAUGCCAGCGAAAUGUUGGCAGCCGCCUUGGAGCAAAUGGAUGGGAUUAUAGCGGGCUCCAAGGCCAUGGACUACUCCAAUGGUCUGUUUGACUGCCAGUCACCCACGUCUCCUUUCCUGGGCAGCCUGCGGGCACUGCACCUCCUGGAGGACCUGCGGGCAGCCCUGGAGAUGAUGGACCAGGAUGAGAGGGAAGGCCUCCGCUGCCAGGUCCCCAACACCACCGCUGAUGGCCUAGUGGAGUGGCUGCAGCUGGGACGACUGAGCAACGGACAUAGUUCAGACACGGUCUACCAGGAACGACUGUCACGGGUUGAGAGUGAUAAGGAGUGUCUUCUCCUCCAGGUGAGUGUUCUGUCGGACCAGGUGGAGGUGCAAGGGGAGAAGAUCAGGGACUUAGACAUGUGUCUGGAGGAACACAAAGAAAAACUCAAUGCCACUGAAGAAAAGCUGCAGGAGGAACUUCUAAGCAAGUCUUCCCUGGAGACCCAGAAGCUGGAGCUGAUGACCGAGGUGUCCAGCCUCAGACGGAAACUCGCCAACGUUGAGAGAGACUGCAGGGAUCAAGAGGGCUUAUACCAGGAAGUAAACGACCUGCGCUUCAGGGUAACUGAUAUGGAGAAUGAAAGAGUACAGUGUGAGAAGAAACUUAAAUCCACCAAAGAAGAGCUGCAGAUUCUUCAGAAGCAACUGGAGGAGCGAGAGCUGGAGCUAAGGAGGCUUCGAGAUGAGUCUACGCUGGGAGUUCUGACCACAGACAGAUCCCAUGGACGAGAGAAAGAUGUGGACUUGCUGAGGAUGAAGGCGGCUCUGGAUUCGCUGAUGUCAUCCAACCACGACAAGGACCGGAGAAUAGAUGAGCUUCAGGAGGCUCUCACAAAGUACAAGAAGGUCCAUGACUUGAUGAUAGAUACACUGAAUGACGAUGAUUACGAUGACAUCCAGGAAGACCGAUCCCUUUCCACACAUCUCUCCGUGGUUACGGACAUGGGCACAGUGGCGGUUGGGGAGGAGACUGGAAGAAGCCGUGACGAGUUUCCCUCUGUUGCAGUGCUUUCCGAGACGGAGCAUAAGAGACCAAUACUGGCGCUUGACACAGGCUGUCCUCCAGAAGUCCCACCACAUUCAGCAGCUAGCCUGGGCCCCGUAAGCAGCACUGCUGAACAGACAGAUACCAAGGAGGAUCCUAUCCGCCCAGUGACCUCACCCUUUGAAGCCACCAGUAAUGAAAGUUUUGGGUCCAAGAAGGCCCGCUCCUCUUUCGGACGUGGUUUCUUCAAGUUGCGUGGAGGCAAGACGACAUCCAGUGUUCCAAAUCUGGCUGAGACAGAACGUAAGGGUACAGACCACUUGGACUUGGCUGGUGCGCCGCCACUGAAAACCCAAGCCGGAGAAAACGUCCAGACCCUACAUUCCUCACCUGAGGCCAAGAAGAAGUCCAGAGGAUUCAAGAAGUUCUUUGGCAGGCUGAAAAGAAGCCAGUCCACCUCAUUAGACAUGGACCAGACAGAGACGGAGUUCCAGAGGGGAGGUGUUAGAGCCACUGCUGGGCCCAGACUGGGCUGGUCACGUGAUAUGCAGCAGAAGAACGUGGAUGCUCCGUUUGCACAGUGGAGUAGGGAGGAGGUGUGCGUAUGGCUGCAGGAGCUGGGCCUGGGGCUGCACGUGGCUCAAGCCCAACAGUGGAUCCGAUCAGGGGAGACACUGCUGCAGGCCUCCCAGCAUGACCUGGACAAGGAGUUGGGGAUCAAACACCCCCUGCACAGGAAGAAACUGCAGUUGGCUCUGCAAGCCCUGGGGUUAGAUGAGGGGGACGGGAAGGGCAAGCUGGACCACAACUGGGUGACCAGAUGGCUGGAUGAUAUUGGCUUGCCCCAGUAUAAAAGCCAGUUUGAGGAGGGGAAGGUCGAUGGGAGAAUGCUUCACUACAUGACAGUGGAUGACCUGCUGUCUCUUAAGGUGGGUAGUGUGCUUCACCACCUCAGCAUCAAGAGAGCAAUCCAAGUCCUCCGACUGAAUUUCUAUGAGCCCAACUGCCUCCGCAGAAGGCCCUCUGACGAGAACAACAUCACACCAGCAGAGAUCUCCCAGUGGACCAAUCACAGAGUGAUGGAGUGGCUGAGGUCAGCGGAUUUAGCAGAGUAUGCUCCUAACCUGAGGGGCAGUGGUGUUCACGGGGGUCUCAUGGUGCUGGAGCCUCGCUUCAACGUGGAGACCCUGGCCCUCCUGCUCAACAUCCCUCCCAACAAGACUCUUCUACGCCGACACUUGGCCACCCACUUCCAUCUACUGGUUGGCUCCGAGGCCCAGCGCAGCAAACAACAGUGCCUGGAGAACCCUGAUUACUCUCUCCUUACAGCCACAGCAAAGGUCAAGCCCAGAAGGCUGUCGUUUGGUGGCUUUGGGACCAUGCGGAAAAAGCGUCAGGAGGAAAGUGAGGAGUAUGUGUGUCCCAUGGAUGUAGAGAUGCCCCAGAGCACCUGCUUCCAGAGUGGCCUUAGGCUCUACGAAGAUGACCUGGAUCAGCUGGAGCAGAUGGAGGAUUCAGAAGGUACUGUGAGGCAGAUAGGAGUAUUUUCAGAGGAAAUCAACAAUCUGACGAGCAUGCUGAAGGAGGAUGAGUUGUUCAGCAAGGACUCCUGCUCCCCUGACGCCAGCGCCCCAGACGACGAUUCCAAAGUGUCAAGGUCCCCACAGUCACCCUGCUGACCGAGGAGAGCGCCGUGAAUAGGAACAAACUGGCCUUGAGCAACAAGCUCCCUUGUAACACCAUGCAAUCUGUCUAUUGAAAUGUACUGCAUGAAUUGAAUUCAACAUUGGAGCCAUAUACCUUCAUUCCAUGCUUUUAACAUAAUGUAAAACUUGUCAAGUUUUUGCAUUGAAUAGCCACAAAUCACUCUCUGUACCUAUGUGGUACAGUAUUAUGCCCUAGUGUGUCAGUUUAUUGUUGGAACCCAUUGAGCCAAGUAAUAAUAUCCUGAAAGAUUUGUGAUAAUGCGGUGUGACACAUUCUGUUGCAGCAAAGUUGAAAUGUUGCAAGUUGGCUCUAGCUCAUUCUCCAUGUUAAGUUCUGUGUUGCGUAAUUCUCUAUGAUGUUGGGUUUUCCUGCAGCGUUGCAUGCUUAUUAAUCACAAUUUUAGGAACAUGGAAGACCAAAAGCGUUUUACCAUAAAACAAAUGAUAUUGUUACGCAAACCAGAUCAGACGACUAUGUACUGUGUACUGUUUGAAUGCAUAUUUUCUUAAAGAAUUGUUA